AUGCCAAAGCAUCAAAGUGUUUGUCGAAGGCGUACUCUCUCAUUUGCUGAUAUCACAGAAUGCCGCAGAAUCAAUCGUAUAAAUGUAAGUGAAAAUCAUGAUAUUGAUUCAUCAAAAUUAUUCGUCGGUAGCAUGGUACGCCGUCCUUCUUUCACGCUUUUGGAAGAUUACCAAAAUUCAUCUCAUGAACUGCCUUAUCUUACAUUGAAAGACUCUAAUUCUCAAUUUAAAAGUGCCUGCGAAUCCACUGAAAUGAAUGAUUCAUUGAAACCAAAUCCGAUUGCUCAACCUGCUUUGGAUCCGUUUAUUUUCGGUGUAUCAUUUACUGAAUCAAAUUCCGCCAAUGCCCACCUUGAUGCUAUACAAUUAUCUAAAAUGCAUAAUAAUUCACUAGGUUCUACAAACUUACCCCCCUUAAAAGAUAAAGAAUAUCUAUUUCCUUCAUCACCCUUAUCCUCAACUUUGAUCAAAUUAUAUCUAUCCAAGGUCUCUUUAUGCUCAUCUACAGAAACAACGGAAAGUAAUUUAAAUUCGGAUGAUGAACAACUUGACUUUCAUAGCAAUAUAUAUCCAAAUUUGAUUGGUCUACCUGGAUGCUUACAAACUGUAUUACAUUCAUUAGCUUCUAUGGUUAUGCCUACUAGACAUUUUAUUAGUAUGAAUACAACUAAUGAAAUCAAGUCAUCGAAUUUAACAAGAUUAUCUUCAUUAAAUGAGAAUUUUAAAAUUUAUCACUUAAAAUGUCAUCAUACUGAUGGAAGUGCAUAUAAUACAGAUGUCAACUAUUCAAGUUGUACUGAGUCUUCAAGUAUAUUAGAUGAUGUUUCAAAUGGUUAUUACUCAGAUAAUUAUCUUCUUGAAGCAGCUAAAAAAUUGAAAAAAUCUAAUAUGAUAAAUAAUCAUUGGCCAACUGUAAAAUAUAAUCAGCAUCAGUCUAGUCAAAUCUCUUUACUUUCAGAUGGACAUUCAAAGUUAAAGUCAGCAUAUAUUCAUCAUGUCAACCAUCAUCAUCACCAUGGUAAAUGUCACCAUAAACUUGGUUUGACGAAUGUUUAUGCGGGUUUAAAAUCUAAUAAGGUUGGUGAUACUUCUACAGUUUCCUUGAAUCCUCCUCAAUCUCAUAAUAGCAAUCAUAAGUUGUGUCUAAAGUCAAAGAAUAUCAUCAGUAAUACUGAUAAUAAUAAUAAUACUAACAAUCUGUCAGGUACUGUAUCAAUAUCUCAAGAUAUUAAAAGUUGUAAUUUAUUAGAACGUUUUUACCAUUUGUACACUAAUUUCCAUUCAAAAAUAACAGAAGAUAAUUUCUAUUACAUGGAUGAAAAAUCGUUAGAACGACGAGUUCGUGCACAAGCAUCAAAUAUAAUUUCACCUGUAUCCUUUUAA